AUGGAUGCUGUGUUGAGAAGGGCUUAUGAGUUGAAAGGGAGAGAAGGAUUGAGGGAGGAGCAGCAGCCCUUACGUUCAAAUUCAGCAUCUGCUAUGAUUGGAUUGAGAGAGGAGCAACCGAGAGACUCAAUGGUGGGAUUGGAAGACGAUCUGAUUCAGCUCAUGGAUGACCUCACCAAUCAACAAUUCAGCCGCAACAUCAUCUCAAUUGUUGGGAUGGGAGGUUUGGGUAAGACUACUCUUGCUCAAAAUCUUUAUCAAAGUUUACUCAUGAAGCAAUACUUUGAUAUUCGUGCUUGGAUUACGGUAUCACAGCAAUACAAUCUUGAAGAAAUGCUCUCACAACUUCUUUCUAGCCUAGGGAAAUCCUCUAGUGCAGCAGCUGUAGAUGAGUUGGGGGAGAUGAUUCAUAAGACUCUGUCAGGUAGGAGAUAUUUGAUUAUAUUAGACGACGUAUGGAGUGUCCAAGUUUGGGAUGAAUUGAGGCAUUUCUUUCCUGAUAAUGGAAAUGGAAGUCAUCUUGUUGUUACCACUAGGUUGUCGAACGUAGCUACAAGCUGUCAUUCCCGGUCUUGCUUAAUGAUGAAACCUCUAGAUGAGCAAACAAGUUGGAAACUAUUUUGUAAAGAGGCAUUCAAACAAGAAAAUUGCCCUUAUCCUGAACUUGAGGAAGUUGGAAAGGAGAUUGCUAGAUUGUGCAGAGGACUGCCUUUGUCCACUGUUGUCAUAGGAGGCCUUCUUCUCAACUCACCUAAGUCUCUACAGUUCUGGGGGAGUGUGGCUAGAAAUAUCAAAUUGAAUCCUAAGGCUAAACAGAAGGAAGAAAGCUUAGAUAUAUUAUCUUUUAGCUAUAAUCACCUGCCUCCUCAUUUAAAGCCAUGUUUUCUUUACAUGGGAGUUUUUAGGGAGGAUUCAGAGAUUCGUGUCUCCAAAAUUAUCGAGCUCUGGAUUGCUGAGGGGUUUCUUAGGCCAAAGGACGCCCAGGUUUUAGACAAGGUUGCAGAGAGUUACUUGAAGGAACUGAUUGACAGAAACCUUGUUUCAGUUAGAAAGCAUCGUCAUAAUGGAAAGAUAGGUUCUUGUGGCAUCCAUGAUCUUGUGAGAGACCUAUGUUUGAGACUAGGUGAGCAACAAGGAUUUUUCAUUGUGAGUGAAAGAGAAAUACAAGGAAAAGAGUAUCGCCACAUAUGUUCUGUUCUGGAUGAUAUACAACAGAAUGGACCAUCGCUAGCACGCUCUAUAUUGUCGGGGAGGCUCUUUGGUAACUUGAGUCACCAUAAAUUGUUGAGAGUUUUGGAUGUUGAAGGUUAUCUUGCAGGACACCUGCAUGAGAAUGUUAACUUGCGUUACCUUGCUUACAGUUCCCAGUAUUUUGAUCAGUCAUUGUGGAAGCUUCCUAGUUUAGGACCCCAUAUUUGGAAUCUGCAGACUUUAAUAUUACAUUGGUCAAUCCAUGUAAUUGUUGUUCCGACUGAAAUUUGGAAGAUGCGACAACUUAGGCAUGUCAAGUGCUUUCGGAUUUAUGUUCCUGACCCUCCUCGCCAAAGUAAUGGUUUGGUAAUGAUCGGAUUUAUGUUCCUGACCCUCCUCGCCAAAGUAAUGGUUUGGUAA